AUGUCAAGUUAUAAGGUCCACUAUUUCCCAGGCUACGGCAAAGCUGAGCCAAUUAGAAUGCUUCUGGCUCAUGCCAAAAUUGAAUUUGAAGAUGUUCACUAUACACCAGAGACUCUUCCAGCAGCUAAGGCUUCAGGAAAUCUUGAAUUUGGUUAGAUGCCAGUUCUUGAGAAAGAUGGAAAAUUCUACUCGCAAUCACAAGCAAUUCUUAGAUUCCUUGGAAAAGAGCUAGGAUACUACCCUGAGGAUACAUACCAUGGAUAUCUCGUUGAUUCAACUCUUGACUUCAUCAAUGAUUUAACCAAUGCAAGAUUUAAAGCAAAUAAUCAUCCAGAACCUGAGACUAAAAAACAACUCUUAGCUGAUUUUUAUGAAAAAGUUCUCUCAAAUUUCUUCCUAGCAAUCUAAAAGAGACUUGAAGCAAACUCAAGCCCAGAUAAGAUCGUUGGUGACAAAGUAACUAUUGCUGAUAUUGCAUUGGCUGCCAUUGCUUACAGCUUCUUCCUCAAUGAGAACAAUCUCUCAAAAACUGAAUACUAGGAAGUUCUCAACAAAUUCCCAAAAGUCCUUGAUUAUUUCAAUGGCUUAGGUGAAUUGCUUAAGGAAUAUCUUGCAGCUAGAGCACCUUCACCUUGGUGA